UAAACGAAUCGGUGUUGACUAUACAAUUAUAAAUAUUGUAAUCAAUUUUUAGUAUCUAUUAGGUUGUAAGGUUGUGUGAGCUGUAGUUUAUGGGUCUAGUUACUACAUGAUGGCAACAGUUAUAAAGAAACUCGGAGUGUUUUAUGACUUUGUAUUUAACAAAUUAGCUGAUCCGAGGACGAAAAUUUGGUUUUUAGUUGCCAAGCCAUACCAAUGCAUUAUCGUCUUAACGAUUUAUUUGAUGUUUGUAUUUAAAUGGGGACCUAGGUUUAUGAAGAAUCGUCCAGCUUACAAUAUAGAUACAAUUAUGAUUAUAUAUAAUGUGAUACAAGUUAUUUCCUGUGCCUAUAUAUUUUUAGUGGGAUUAAUAGAAAUAUGGAUUCCAAACUACAAAUUGUUUUGUGAACCAGUCGACUUCUCGGAUUCAAAAACCGCUAUCGAUAUAGCAACACUUAGCUACUACUACUAUUUAACGAAAUAUUUGGAUCUAAUGGAUACGAUAUUUUUCGUGCUCAGGAAGAAGUAUAAUCAAAUUUCGUUCCUGCAUAUUUAUCAUCACACGGGAAUGGUAAUGCUUAUUUGGGGUGCUGUUACAUACAUGCCAGGCGGACAUGGUACAUCGGUUGGUUUAAUAAAUUCUUUCGUACACGCUGUGAUGUAUUCGUAUUAUUUAAUAACUGUCGCUGCCCCGAAAGUCAAGAAAUCGUUGUGGAUUAAGAAGCUUGUGACCCAAAUUCAAAUAUUACAGUUUUUAUUGUAUGUGGUGCACAUUGGCAGCAUAGCGUUUAUGCCUAACUGCGAGUAUCCCAGAUGGACCGUCGCAAUCUUCCUACCGCAGAAUCUAUUCAUACUAGUGCUGUUUAUGGACUUUUAUAUCAAGACAUAUAUAAAAAAAACUAAAACAACCGUUCCCGUUAAGAAACUAGAAGAAGAAUCACGUGAAAGUGAAGUCGGAUAUAAUAAUAAUUUUAAGGCUAAGGAAAACCAUGAAAUUUUCCAACGUAUUAUUAAAACGGACGAAAUGGAAUCAAAGGUGGUUAACACAAAAAAAUAAUAGAUUAUAGCUUAACAAUUAAAUAUAU